AUGUUGUUUUCUGCAAGGUUUAUGGCCUAUAAAGAAGAAAAGAAGACGAGCAUGCAUUUGGGCCGUAUACAACAAGGAAAAGACGAGUCCUUGCGAAGCUAUGUACGACUCUUCAACUUGGAAACAGGGCAAAUUCCAGAUCUGCCUGAUGGGGUGGUCUUUGAUAACUUUUUUAGAGGACUUAAGAAAGGUUCCUUUAAGUUUGACUUGGUGAAAAAGAGUGUGAGAACCAUGGCUGACGCCCUGGAAGAAGCCGAAUCCUUUAUCCAUGCCACAGAAAUAUGUUCCGUCCCAAAAGAGUCUAAGGGAGCUGAGCAGACCACCCUCAGCGCAAGGAUAAGGCAGAUAAAAAGACCAACCGUCCAAAUGGGACGUGGGCCAUUGAGAAGAAGGGGUAUCAGGCUAACUCCUCACAAGGGCAGAAGAGAGGACGACCCUAUGAUAAAGAAAAAUUUGAAUACAACACCGACUUGUGUCUACAACACUAUACAACUGGAUGUAAGCGAUAGAUUUGAGAUUGACCGCCCGUUCCCUAUGAAGUCGCCGGUGGAAACCCGGGACAACUCCCUUUAUUGCAAGUUCCAUUGUGACGUAGGCCACAAUACGAAAGAUUGCAAAAGUUUGCGUAGAGCUCUUGAUGGAUUGGCCGCCAAAGGUUUUCUGAAAUCAUACCUCAGCACGAGUACAGGGGGGAACGGGAAGAAGUUCUAUAAGAAAAGUAAGUCACCGUCACACCGGCGUGAUGAUAAUGAGACGGAUCCAGAAUGCGUAGCAGUUAUCUCAGGUGGCCUAGCCGCUGGGGGCCUAACAAUGAGAGGGCAAAAGGAUUAUGCAAGCCGGUUGGGCCAGGUAAUGUUGUCAGGCAAAGCCCCAAUAGAUCACUUCCCAAAAGUGGAAAUUUGUGAAGCUGACAGAGGUAAGAUAGCCACCCCCCAUGACGAUCCCUUGGUCAUUGAGCUGAAAGUGGCAAACCUAAAAGUCAGACGUAUCUUAGUAGACACGGGGAGUUCGUCAGAUAUUAUCAGUACAGCUUGUUAA